AUGGACCGCCUGAAAGCUAAACGCUCUGCUAGACGAACCCAAUCAACGAAAAUCAUUAAUGAGGCGACGACGCUGCUAGAGAGCGGCUGCAACGACCGAACGGCGUUCAGCAAGGUUAUAGACAAGCUCGUCGCCAGCCGUGACGAGCUUCGGAAGAUUAAUGCCGAGCUUGAGGACGUGAUUCCUGUCGAGGAUCUUGAAAGAGAGAACGAGUCUGCAGCGCAUUAUGACGACCAGACGCUUGCGACCCUGACACGCCUCCGGGUCCGAGUCGAAGAUCUCAGCGUCGGCGGCACGGUGCUGACUCCUCCCUCGACGACGCUCAAUACGCCACCUACCCCAACGAUAGCUGCGUCACAGAGCUUCGGACCUCGUCUCCCAACGCUGACCAUCAAGCCUUUCCAUGGGGACGUGAAUCAAUGGACGUCGUUUUGGGAGCAAUUCAACGGCGCUGUCCAUGCGAAUACAACUCUGCGCACGACUGAUAAAUUCCACUACCUCCGCAACUACCUGGUAGGGGAAGCAGCCGCUGCCAUUGCCGGACUACCAACGACUGAAGCGUGUUAUGAGAGUGCCAUCGAUCUGCUAGAGCAGAGGUUCGGGGACAGGAGCCGGAUUGUACAUCAUCACUUCAGAGCGCUCCACGAACUGCAGCCCGUGACGUCUCCAUCGGCUACGAGGGAGUUGCGCAGGCUGUACGACGUAGUCCAGCUGAAUGUCCGCUGCCUCAACGUCCUAGAAGUUCCAACUAGCAGUUCUGCAGCUAUGUUCUACGACGUUCUGCUUCAAUCCCUGCCACAAGAAAUUGUCGUAGCGUUCUACCGCCAUAGCCGUCUCCAGGAUGACGCACAAGGCACGGAACCCUCUGCUUCAGGGGAGGCAACCACAACGUCUUGCAAGAAACUCGAGCAGCUCUUGCGAUAUACACAGAUAGAGCUCGAAACAAGAGAGCAGUGUGCUCCAUCGGCAUCCUCCUUCAAAGGCGGCGGGUCCCACAGAAAGCAUGUGCCACCGUCAUCAGUCCUGCAUGCAUCGGAAGAAUCGAAACAAAUCCGCAACGAAUGUUUCUUUUGUAAAUCUACAAGGCAUGCAACCGAG